AUGAAAAAUGAAAGACGGCAAAACAAAGAUUCGACCGCUGAAUGUUUAAACGAAGCUUCCGCUCAGUGCGAGCCUUCGCCGCGUUCGACAACCUGGUCAGAUUCGGUCCUCGAAAAGACCGUAGACAUCGAUGUCAUCCGAAAAGUGUCGGCCGUCAAUCAGGACAUGAUCGAACUGGGAGAUUUGGAUGCCUCCGGUGAGUUCGAAAAAGAAUGCAUCCUUACCCGGUUCGGCAAAAGUAUCUGUGCAGCCCGAAUGACACAGAUCCCAAGCCAUCCGACCGAUUUCCGGAACAACGAAUCGCUACUGCUUCUACACGGGGGCGAGGAUAGUGGACGCGGUCGUAAGGCGUUGAGUCUCGGUGCGACACCGAAGAAUCUUCCGCAGCAGAACACAUCGGCCAGUCCGGCACCGGCAUCGUUGCCACAUCCGUCGCCCAACACCACCACAACCGGAGCGACCGGUCCCGUCGGGAAUGUUGUCCAAUCGAGCCAACUGGUGACCGUAUCCGGGGCCCAGACAGGUGUUGUGCAGAAUACGCUGCUGGUCAAUAAUAAUAGCAACCAAGCCAGCGCACCGCCCCAGCAGGCACUGCAACAACAGCAACAGCAGCAGCAACAACAGCCGGUUUUGCCGCAACAGCAACAGCAGCAUCAGCAGCACCACCACCAUCAACAGCAAGUGCCAACCGGUGUAAUCAAAGCCGAAGUAAUGAAGGAUCAGCCGCAACAACCGAUGGCACCAAUGGCUUUCUAUCCGACAUGGCAAGCUGAUCCGUCGCAGGGUUGGCAGAAUCAGUUCAUCCAGCAAAUACCGCAGAACACUCCCGCUAUCACACCGCUAAACUCGCUCGAAUUCCAGCCACAGGGAUAUGCCGCCUACCAACCGAACGGUUACGUCCAAACGGCCGGUAUCGGUUUCGAUCCCAACUAUGGUCGGACGUACGCCGCACCACCGACCGUACAGCGCUACGAAUUCCAGACCAACCAGAUCACUCCCAUCAACCAGGUAUCGCUGCAGAGCGUUUCCUUCGCACCGACCGUUACCUACGCCGGUCAGGUGUCGACCGGUCCGACCGUCGUUUCCCACAAUCCGCACGAUCAGUUCAACUUGCAGCUGAACAAGCAGACGUCGGGAAACGACAUGCCUGGAUAUCCACGGGUGAACAGCGUACCGCCGCGCUCACUCAAUUGUAAUGGAUAUUCAGGCCAACAGGAAUAUGGCGGUCAAACCACUACUCAAGCCAGUUCGGCAACCACUAAUGUGACCAACGCUAAUGGAACAUCCACCAGCACCGGGGCCAGCGGUUCGGGAGGUAGCUCUUCGAUGCAUCCACCGGCGCAGGUCCCGCAGUCACCGAACCGACAAUCUCAGCAACAGCAACCUCCUCGUCCCAACUCCAACCAGCAGCUGUACGCACAACAAUCUCCAAAUCCCUACAACAGCAGCGGAAACAACAGUCUGCAGCAGUCACCAAACCACAACAAUGGUGCUAACAGCGCAAACAACAACAACGUAUACGCGCAGCAAUCGCACAGCGGUAUGCACACUCCUUCACCCAUGCAAACGCCAGACAAUCACCAGUCUCCAAACCACCUAAACGGAAACCAACAGCAACAGCAACCCCAGGGUGACUGGGGAGGGUGGAAUCAACAGCAGCAAUCGCCCGAUCUGUUUAGCCAAUCGGAUCGCGUGAACUUGAAUUCGCGAAUAAAAACGAUGAUCAUGAAUAAAAAUGAUUCCAAAGAUGUGAUCGGUGGACUGCAGCCCACCGGUCAGCACAUGACUCAUCUAGGCGUCCAAAGCCCCGUGCUAGGACAAGGGCCGGCUCAACAACAGACCGGUCAUUUUUUAUCGUAUAGCCACCAUCUUCGAGACAGCCUAACGCCUACGACGCUGGCCUCCGGUCAUUCACCGAUUCCGGCCUCAGCAAUGAUGGGCGGUGGAGCAGGCAGUGGCAGUAACAGUACUUCCAACGAUGGUACUAUCGGAGAUGGUGGCGGUCUGAUCAACAGUAUCAGUAAUAUUGUUGAUCCAAACUGGAAGCAAAGUAGCAAAUCGCCCGGCCUUGGACCCAUGGAGAGCAACGGUCCAGCCGGCAGAGCAGAGCACGAACAUCAUACGCUAAUGGGCGAUCUUCAUCACGGUAGUAAGCAUCAGGGUUUUGAGCAGAAGCAGCAACUAAUCGACAAGAGUAAUACCGACCCAGGAGGCGGUGGACUGCAUCAUGACUCCGGUGGCGGUGGCGGCGGCGGCGGCGGACAUGACAGUAAGCACAAGCUGAAUUCCUCCAAAUCGUCGUCUUCUUCGUCGUCCUCCUCCAAGUCUAAGAGCGGUAGCCAUAAGAGUAGCGAUAAGCAUAGCAAAUCGAAAAACAAUCAUCAUCUCGACAUGAAUCAACAAAUAGACUCUAACAAAUCUUCCAGUAAUCUUAAUAGCUAUUCGAGUAGUAGUUUUAUGAACGACCAUCACUCGUCGUCAUCUUCGUCGUCGCCGUAUCCGAAUCUUAAUCAAACAUAUCCAGCAUCCAAUCACAGCAGUAGUAGUAGUAAUGCAUCAUCAUUAGCGCUCGGUGGCUACCCGAGCCACCUGGACAGCAAACUAGACGAUAAGAGCCCGCUGAACCGUUUCCGCCAUGACAACUUGAACAGUGGCUUUAAUCCACACCUUCCACAUCAUCAACAGUCGUCUCACAUGCACAGCGGAGCAUUCCAUCAUCCACAAACCGCUGGCAGCGGUAGUUCCUCCAGUUACAAUCUAAUGAACGUAAAGAAAGAACCCGGCCUGCUCGAAGACGUCGGACAACCAGCGAAGUUCGACGGGUACGAAAAGAACUACCAGAAUUUCAUUCGCUACGGAGAUUAUGGCGACACCAGUCAACCACCGCAAUCUCAACCUCCGCAGCACACCAGUUCUGGUCUGUCGGGUUCGACUAAAUCCGAGUACAACAGCUACUACUCGCCCUACGGAAGCUACCCCGGGUAUCAGAAUUACCCCAACUAUCACAACCAGAACUUCAACAGCACUUCCACUGGCAGCGCGCUUCCGCCAACACCGGAACUAAGCACACCCCUGCCAGCCAUAACAACACCGGUAGCACAUCAAACCAACUUCGAGCAGCAGAUUCCUGCCCACACGUAUCCAAUUCCAAAAAACAGCAGUCUGCCACAGGCAGACAUUCCCAUCAAGUUGGAAACCGAAGAUGGCUCAUAUCUCAACACCAGCGCCAACAGUGGAUCAUCGCUGGGUGAUCCGGUUCCUACAACGCCAACGGCGGCAACGAACAACGUUCCACCAGUUACUUCCGAGCCGGAACCUCCUCCCCCGGCAACGCCGGUGGCGACUCAGCCCACUCCGUCGACAAGCAAGUCCAAAAAAUCCGACAAAAAGGAUAAAGCCAACAAGGACGCCGCUGCUGCGGCGGCGGCCGCGGCUGAUGGUGACAUCAAAACCGAACCGGGCAGCAAUAGCGGAGGUGGCGGUGGAAGUAGCAAAAGCAAAAAGAAAGAAUCGAAGAGUUCGAAAAAGGAACAGGAAGCCGCGGCUGCCAAGCAGGCGGAAGACGAAAAGCUAGAAAAGGCUCACAAACCGGAAGCUCCGGACUGCGAUUGUUUUGCGUCGUCCGACACGAAACCGCCGUCCGAACCGGGAAGCUACUAUACCCAUCUAGGCUGUGCAUCUUCCCUGGAGGAACUGCGUCGAGAAACGGAAACUCGAGUGGGUCUCUCCGGUAAGCAGCUGCGGAUAGAGAAAGUAGUGUACACCGGGAAGGAGGGCAAAUCCAGCCAGGGCUGUCCGAUUUCGAAAUGGGUCAUCCGACGGGUUGACCCCGAGGAAAAGCUGCUCUUCAUCGUCAAGCGAAGACAAGGGCAUCGAUGCAAGGCGUCCUUCAUUGUGAUAUGUAUCGUAGUCUGGGACGGUAUUCCGACACAGGAAGCCGAUAGUGUCUACCGAAUGCUGGCAGUCAAACUGAACAAAUACGGUCUUCCAACGGUUCGUCGCUGUGCGACGAACGAGAACCGAACGUGCGCCUGUCAAGGUCUUGAUCCAGAAACGUGUGGCGUAUCCUACAGCUUCGGCUGUAGUUGGUCGAUGUACUACAACGGUUGUAAGUACGCCCGAUCCAAAACGGUGCGCAAGUUCCGUCUCUCGGUCAAGAAUGAAGAAGCCGAGAUCGAGGAACGCAUGAACAUUUUGGCGACAAUGCUAAGUCCACUGUACGUCACGGUUGCUCCGCAGGCGUUCCAGAACCAAGUGCAAUAUGAGAGGGAAGCCCCUGACUGUAGGCUGGGCCUGAAACCCGGGAAACCCUUUUCAGGUGUCACAUGCUGUUUGGAUUUCUGCGCUCACACACACCGAGAUCUGCACAACAUGCAGGACGGUUGUACGGUGCAGGUUACUCUGUUGAAGCCGUUACCUCCUGGCGUUAAAGCCGACGACGAACAACUGCACAUCCUGCCGCUGUAUACUAUGGACACCACGGACGAGUUCGACAGUGAAGAAGGCCAGAAAAAGAAGGCUGAAACCGGAGCUGUGCAAGUGCUGGAGAAAUUUCCGACUGAAGUUCGCGUUAGAUCCACUCCUCUUCAGCCUUGCCGACGUCACGGAAAGAAACGUGGUAACGGUAAAGACGAGAAGGCUAAGGAUGGUGAAAAUUCCAACAAUGAAGAAUCGGUGCCAGAAACGCCACCACCUCCGCCUCCACCGACGAAGAAAGAAAGUAAAUCCAAAAGCAAGAAAGGUUCCUCUAGCUCUGCCAAUAAUAGCAACAGUAGUACCAGUGGCAAUGUCAGCAAUAACAGCAACCAAAAUAGUCAAAGUUCAUCCGGUUCCGGAUCGCCUAGGUCGCACACUCCUGGAAACAAUAGCUCAAAGUCCGGUAACAGUGGUGGAAACGGUACCAACAGUGGAGAGAUCAUGGACAAAACGGGUAACGGUCAGCUACCACCUACUGGAAAUAAUGGAUCAACCAGUGCAUUCACGGCGCCAAACACUAUCAAUUCUCCAAACAAUACUGGCAACACGAACAGUACUCUUGUCGAUAUGGCAUCUAUGAUCGACAACUUCACCGAUGCUCAGCUACAGUCGAAUCAGAUAUCCAGCACCGUACUGGAUUCGCCGUACAGCUACGACUACAACACCGGACAGUACAUCGACAAUCGACAGUACUACAACAACUGGCCGACGGAUUACUACGGUAAUCGAACCGAUCCGAAUAAGAUGCUGGGUCGCAACGAAGAAAUUCCGGAUACCACCACCCGACCAGGAAGCAACAGCAGUAACUCAGCGUUCAGUCCGAGUAUUCCGGAUCCGACGAAAACACCAACUCCGAUCCACAUGGAUGACUACAGCACUACUAAACUUAGUCAGCAGCAAAGCCAAAACACGUACCAUACGCUUCAGCAGCCCGAGCAAGGUUUUGUGAAACCCAAACCGCCAGACUACAAUCCAGGCUAUGGCUACCAUCCAAAUACUCCGAUGAGCUACGGUUACCAUCCGCCGUACACUCCGUACGAUCCCUACCAGAACUACAACUAUGGCUACCCGCCACAGACGUACCAUCCAACAUAUCACAACAUGUACUCCGCCACGCAGACACAGCUGCCCGGAACAGGCCCAGCGCCACCGCCGCCUCCAACGGCCGUCAUCCCAGCACCUCCUCCACCCUCCAACUGGAACCUCUAUCCCCCGCAUCCACAUCACCAAACGCAUAUCCCGCCAACCGCCCCAGCGCAGCUGCACGCACCCCACCAACCGCAUCUCGGUCCAAAACAGCAAGAUCUUGCCCCCGUCAUGCAGCAGCCUCCUCAGCCCCCAGCACCUCCACCACCGCCAAAAGAAACCCUAGGCGAAGUGACCGAAACAAACGAAAACGUCGACUGCUUCGAGGAUCCGCAGAUGGGCGGUGUUGCGAUUGCCCUACCGCACGGCAGUGUCGUCAUCGAGUGUGCCAAGCUGGAGAUGCACUCGACGACGGCGCUGAAAAAACCGAACCGGCUCAAUCCGACGCGGAUGACGCUGAUCUUCUACCAGCAUCGGAACCUAAACCGGCCGAAGCACGGCAUCGCCGAGUGGGCGGAGAAGAUGCGGCUGAAAAAGCUCGGCGUCGCCACCAACGAUCCGAUCGACGACAAGGACAUGCUGCUGAUGCAGGAGGACGACAUCAAGGCGGAACCGCUGGACGAUCUGCACCACAUGCGGCACAUGGGAGAGGAACACGACUUAAUGGACGUCGAGUACUCGGGAGUCUAGUGGUGAGAGAAAAAUCUGCCGCCAGGUCGACCGCUGGAUGAGCAGAUUACCACACAUACCACCAGCAGCAGCAGCCAUUUUAGCCAAUCGCAGCCAGCUAUGGCAUCCGGCUUGAUGACAUCGGCGUCACCGUCGUCGCUGUCAUCAUCGCUAACGUCGGUUCCACUGAGGUCGCAGCCCCUGCUGCUACCGAGUGCUGCAGCCAGUGCCGCUGCCGCCACUCGGUCCUAUCACCAGCAGUCACAGCUGCCGCAUCAAUGGCUUCCGACGGGACUGCAGAAUCAACCGCAUGAAAGACAUGAUCCUAACCAAUACUACUACUAUUACUACUACUGAUGACGAUAUGUUUAAGCAUAACUAAACGCUGAUGCUAGUGAAUAACUUCGAGAUAGGGUUCGGAAACCUCCAAGAGUCAAUGUACGUACGCACCGCAGUAUUUAGAACGAAAGAAAAGAAACAAGACAUGAUGCCGAAUUGUUUUAGUUUAGGUCCUAUGUUAUAAUAUUCAGUUAAUUUUUGCGUUCCCUUGUGAUAAGCACUUGAGUUAAGUUCCGCUAGACUAUUGCUCAAAAAUUCUUCUCAAUCGAAUCAGUUCGAUAAUCGAAACCUGAAAUCUCAACAUUAUCGUUUUCUUUCGUUUUCCAAAGAAUCAAAAACAAAACAACAAGCGCACCUUCAGGCACAUUAACACAUUAAACAUAAUAGAAGAAAAGAAAAUAUCAAAGAUAACUUUUGAACAGAAAUCAAAUAUUUUAGAGAAGAAAUAGGAAAUUUAACUAAAACAAAGUCUAUAUCGAAGCCAAAAGUACAAAACAACAAAUUGUUAACACGCAAAACAAAACAAAAAAAACUCGACUAUUUGAAACCACUUUGUUACUAUCAGUUUCGUUUCUUUUCUCAAACCCCUAGAAAGGUACUUGUCUUUCGGACCACUCCUGCCAUUACUUUUCUUGAUUUUUUGCUGCUUAAAAAGCCUAUACUGAUGAUUGAUUACUAAACAAACAAACCAAGAAAAAAACAACUACCGAUGAUACUACAAGAACUGCUCUCGCUUCAUAAAAGUUUCCAAUUUGCUAAACUUUGCUUAUUAAAACAAAAAAAAAACAACUCGUACACUUUUUGCUAAAACACUAAACGUUUUAAACAAGCAUGCUGUUAUACAUAUUUUUGUAAAUAGUAUCUAUUGUACCCUAAUUUCAAGCGCCAACAAAACUCACACUCACACACAAACAUAUAUAAAUACAUACUAAAAAAAAUACGGCUCCUACAGCGUGUCGUGUGAUUCCGGUGUGGUGUGAGAUCUAAGAGAUCGUUCGUAACAAACACACACACUCACACAAUAACACACAAAAAAACACACACCCACACAUGCGAUUAAUGUUUAAGUCUUUUUCCUCUAAUCUAGUAAGCCGAUGAACUCGAUGAUGAAUGCUGCUGACAAAAAAAAAUGUGCAUCAUUUUCCUAGUUUUAAUCGUUUUUUUUACAUAGAUUCUGCACUUUCCUAUCAUA